CUUGUUGCUGUACCACAUAGAAUUCACUCAACAAGUAGGAACAUUAGAGAAGAAAAAACACGCUCAGAGAUAAACUUUGGCCAAGUAAAAUUUGAUCCACCUUUAAGGAAGGAGACAGAACCACAUCAUGAACUUCCCGACAAUGAUGGUUUUUUGGACAGUUCAGAAGAAAUAUACUACACUGCAAGAUCUAAUCUGGAUCUACAACUAGAAUAUGGACAAGGACACCAAGGUAGUUACUUUUUAGGUGGAAACAAGAACUGUAUUCUAUAUAACGAAUCAUUGGCAAGGAGUCUUCUAAAGUCUGUUGAAGAAGAAUUACAUCAGCGAGGACAUGUGGCACAUUUAGAAGAUGAUGAAGGGGAUGAUGAUGAAUCUAAACACUCAACAAUGAAAGCAAAAGUUCCACCUCCUUUGCCACCAAAGCCUAAGUCCAUAUUCAUACCACAAGAAAGUCAUUCUACCGAGGAUGAUAAUCAAGGAACAAUCAAAAGAUGUCCCAUGUCAGAGAGCCCAGCAAAACCAUCCCAAGUCCCGCCUAGACCACCACCUCCCAGAUUACCUCCACAGAAGCCGAUUGCUUUAGGAAAUGGAGUGGGCUCCUUCCAGUUAAAUGGUGAACGAGACGGUUCAUUAUAUCAACAACAGAACGAACAUAGAGGCACAAACCUUUCAAGGAAAGAAAAGAAAGAUGUACCUAAGCCUAUUAGUAACGGUCUACCCCCAACACCUAAAGUCCAUAUGGGUGCAUGUUUUUCAAAGGUUUUUAAUGGAUGUCCCUUGAAAAUUCACUGUGCAACAUCAUGGAUAAACCCAGAUACUAGAGAUCAGUACUUGAUAUUUGGUGCCGAAGAAGGGAUUUAUACCUUGAAUCUUAAUGAACUGCAUGAAACAUCAAUGGAACAGCUAUUCCCCCGAAGGUGUACGUGGUUGUAUGUAAUGAACAAUUGCUUAUUAUCAAUAUCUGGUAAAGCUUCUCAGCUUUAUUCCCAUAAUUUACCAGGGCUUUUUGAUUAUGCAAGACAAAUGCAAAAGUUACCCGUUGCUAUUCCAGCGCACAAACUCCCUGACAGAAUACUGCCAAGGAAAUUUGCUGUGUCAGCAAAAAUCCCUGAAACCAAGUGGUGUCAGAAAUGUUGUGUUGUGAGAAAUCCAUACACAGGCCAUAAAUACUUAUGCGGGGCACUUCAGACCAGCAUUGUUCUAUUAGAAUGGGUUGAACCAAUGCAGAAAUUCAUGUUAAUUAAGCACAUAGAUUUCCCUAUACCAUGUCCACUGAGAAUGUUUGAAAUGCUGGUAGUUCCUGAACAGGAGUUCCCUUUAGUUUGCGUUGGUGUCAGCAGAGGGAGAGACUUCAACCAGGUGGUUCGAUUUGAAACCGUCAAUCCAAAUUCUACCUCUUCGUGGUUUACAGAAUCAGAUACCCCACAGACAAGUGUUACUCAUGUAACCCAGUUGGAGAGAGAUACCAUUCUUGUGUGCCUGGACUGUUGUAUAAAAAUAGUAAAUCUCCAAGGAAGAUUAAAAUCUAGCAGAAAAUUAUCAUCAGAACUCACCUUUGAUUUCCAGAUUGAAUCGAUAGUUUGCUUACAAGACAGUGUGCUAGCUUUCUGGAAGCAUGGAAUGCAAGGUAGAAGUUUUCGAUCGAAUGAGGUAACACAGGAAAUUUCAGAUAGCACAAGAAUUUUCAGACUGCUUGGAUCUGACAGGGUCGUGGUUUUGGAAAGUAGGCCAACUGAUAACCCCACAGCAAAUAGCAAUUUAUACAUCCUGGCGGGUCAUGAAAACAGUUACUGAGAAAUAUUGUGCUUUGACAGUUAACUGUAGAAACAAGGAACCUACCGCUGCAACAUUAAUGGAUGCUUGAAGCUGUACAAAAGCUGCAGUGACCUGGCUUCAGUUACCUGUAAUUUAUUGUGGCAUGACACAAGAUGGGGAAAACUUUUGUUUUAAGUGGUAUGGAUAUAUUUAGCAUAUUGAACCACACAAGUGCUUAAUUCCUUGUUAUGUAAUCUUUGUACAUAUAGGCAGUAUUUUUCUGUGAAACUUCAUAUUGCUGAAGACAUACACUAAGAAUUUAUGUAGAUAAUGUACUUUUAUGAGAUGUACAAGUAAGUGUCUUAUCUGUACAGAUGUAAAUGUUGAUGAAAAAUGCAACUGGGGUUAAUAUUUUAAGAAUUCUUUAGUAUAUUCUUGGGUGUGGCUAUAUUACAAAAAUGGGAUGCUGGCAAUGAAACAGUACAUUUAACACUAUUGUAUUUUUAUUAUAUGUAAUUUAGUAAUAUGAAUAUAAAUCUUGUAACUUUUAAAAUUGUAAUGGAGGCUGUAAUCAUUUUAUAAUCUUGUUUUUAAUUUUAAUGCAAGUACACUGGUGUUUAUAUUUGCACAAAGUAUUGAUAUGUGAUGUAUUAAGUCACAAAAAGAAGCUGUGACAUUGUCAAUAUGCAUUUGGCUCCACAACAUCUUUUUAAAAUGUAUUUGGAUUGUUUUCUAUGUGAAACAAACCAAUUAACCACCUGUUGUAGUAACUGGUCUUUUUAUAUUUAAGCAGAAUUCUGUAAGAUUGCUUGUCUGUGCUUAAAAACAGUACCUUUGAAAAAAUUUUGAAUCCCAGAAUACUGGUACCAUGAUGUAACACUGCAGUUGUCUGAAUUACAGUAUGCACAAAGAAUAAAUAAGCAUUUUUAAAGAGUCCACACUAAACAUUUCAUAUUUACAUUGAAGAGCUAUAACAUUCCAUGGAGUGAAGUGGUUCAAAUUUCUAGUGGAAUUGUUACUUUUGUUGGCCUUUUUUUAUGAUCAUUUUCAUAUUUCUUUUGAUUUAGAGUAUUAACACAUGGCCAAAAUAAUUUAGUUACUACCUCAUAUAAACAAUGUAAUGGUUACUACACAUCACAGGAACUUAGUUUUGGUUAAAUUCAUUUUUGAUUGCUUUUUUUCCAAUGGAAUAUGUAUAUACCAAGUUUUGGCAAAAUGCACACUUUUGGCUCUUUUUUGGUAUAUAUUCUUUAUAUUUUAAUGUGAGUAUAUACACUAAGAACAAACUAAGUUGUGAUUUAUGGUCUUCAUUUAUUUUAAUUGAUAAUGCUUUAAAUAUGUUCCUGAUUGUACAGUGUAAAAUAAACAUGUUUUUUAACAUGC